GCAUGGACUGACACAGAUGACACUGAAGGAACCAAGGAAUCUGGAGAGUCCUCAGAACAAAUCAUAGAAGCAGCUCUUGAGCCACAGAAAGGCAGCUUAAUAUCAGUGAAGGAAGCAGAUGAAACAAACAGAGGUACCACUGAAGAUGAAAUGAAUGGUUCAGAAAUAAAUGGAGUUCAUGAACCUCCACAGACAACUGACACAGAAGUUCCACAAACGACAGACACUGAAGGAGUGAAUGGCACCGAAACUGACUCCAUGGCAAGUAUGGAAAGUGCUACAAGAAAGAGAGUGAAAAGAAAUGCAGUUGUACCAACAGAUGGAGAAGACAGUGGUAGGCAGACUCCAGAAUCUAGGAAAGGUAAUAAUCAUGACAACUAAUGUUAGUUAAGCUCACCAAUGGAAUGUUAUGUUGGUUUUGUUGUUGUGAUUUUAAAUAUGUUUUAUAUGGUUAAUUUUUAGGAUGCUUUUCGUCAUGUGACAAAGAAAUAUCUUAUUUGGAUUGUGGAAGUAUUUCAUCCUUUAACUCCUAAGAUCUGAUUGUCAAUUCUCCCAUCUAACUGCUACUCAUUUCUUUGUAAAAUAGUAAUGAGAAUUUGAUGUUUGAUCAAGAUGGCAACUUUUACCUGAUAACAUUUGAGAAUUUGCAUAACCUUUUUGCUGGAUGAUGUUUGGAUAUUGUAGAAAGAAGUUACAUUUUAAGACUAUGGUGCUGAGAAACCUUUUGUUUUUGUUUUUGUCAAGAUGCAUGGAGUAUUGCUGAGACGGAUGCUGAUGUCGAAUCUAAUGCUGCAUCAAGUCGACCAAGCUCUGCCCAUCAGAGAGCAAAACAGCGCCCUGCAACUGCAGUUACAAGACCAACAACAGCUACUGUACCAGUAGAGAGACCAAUGACAGCACCAUCCACCCGAUCACAUUCUCAAGCAAAGCCUGAGGCAAGUGGUAGCUCACAACUGAAAUCAUCAGGGUUCCGCUCAAAAUCAAGUGGCGAAGGAGAGAGACUUGAUCACCCUGCAUCAAUGAAUGGGGUGAGAGCCAAAGUUUUGUGCAUGUAAUGGGACUUGAUGUUGCAUAUUAAUCUGUACUGCUUGUAAUCUACCAAGGGCAUGUUACUGCAUAGCCAUAGGGGCUAUAUAUAUAAGGAGUAUGAUGUAGAAUUACAGCAAAUGAAUGUCAAGUAGACAUGAAUUAAAACCAGUUUAAUUUGAUGAGCAUUUGCCUUUUCCAAGCACAGUACAUUAAACAAAGAGUAAUACAAAUAAAACUGGUUUGAAAUCAUUUCUCCCCAUGUAUUUUUGUAAACUACAAGAUAAAUAUUCAAAUAUGCAGUUUAUUGGUAAUUAGACAAGAAAAACUUCUAAAUGAACUUGUUAUCAUGUUUUAGUCUCAGGAGAUUGUCCCAUGGGAAGAACCUUCUCCAGUUUCCAUUGAGGGUUUGAGAGAUAGAGGUAAAUUGCAGCCAUAGCUUCUUUUUACCUUCUCAACUGUCAUGUACAAUACUACCUGACUUUGUACAACUACCUAGGCUUACUUAUGACUUACAAGAUGGCAAAUAUAUAGCUAAUACCCCAUAACUAUAAUUAUUACAAUUAUGCUUUACUUAUUACUGGUAUACAAUACUUUGAUUUCUUACGAUUACUUUCAAUCAGAGCUGUUGUUUUGCACAAACAGUGUAACUGUUAAACUUUUCAACUCUGUUUAUACAUGAAGCCUUUCUAUCGUUUUUUUGAAGAAAGUGCAUCCAGUCGCAGCAGUGGUAUGCUUGCAAUACCGCAGCUGCAGGGAGAACAGAAUGCUUAUAUACCAUACAUCUAUGCUAAAGAAUGUAUUCAAAGGGUAAGUGGCAGUCUUUCACUGCUUCUGUGUGACUAUGUGAGCAUGAAAAGUAACUGUUAUAUUUAACAAGCCUGAAAAUAGCAUUCAUCAGACCAAUGUUUUGUAAAUUUCAGGGUUUGGCAGGCAAAGCUUGGCCUAGUAAGACAUUAUGACUUUUGAAAAAUAUUAAAUUUAUAUUUUGUAGCCACAACCACAGUGAGAAAGAGAUUUGUUUUCAAUUCACUUUAUAGUUACAAUUCUUUUGAGGCCGUACAUGUAGGUGGAAUUAUUAAUAAUGUAUUGACCAAUGUCAUCUUCUCUUUGAUAACUUUCCUCAUCUGCCCAAUUUCACUUUUUGUCUGGUUAAAAACUUGUCAGUUGCCUAGAGAUGACCUCUUUACAGGUAAAAAUUAACAGCAGGCUUGGAUUAGAAACAAGGUAAUGCAAACUUGGAAUGCGAGGGCUUUUGCCGACAGGACUUCCAACUAAGAGACUUAAUUUUGUCAGUGAUGUUCAUCUAUGCUGGUAUUGGUAAAAAUUCUCUGCUAUUUUACUCUGAUCUAUUGUUUGUGGUAUGGUACAGGUAAUGGAUGACAUGAAGAAGAUGAAAAGUGGUCAUGUAAAGGUUGUUGAUAAUAUUCAGGAACAGUACAAAACUCUGGAAGAUGAUAUUCAGGUAUCUCCUUGUACAUUUUGAUGUAUACUUCAUCUUCUUGAUUGGAAUUAAUCAGCCAGCCUUCCUAAAUACCCCUCAGCCUCUCAGACUGUUUUGCUCUAACAAAGGGCUAACACUGGAAAGGUCAGCUAUGGAAACUCUUUAUGGUAGCCAAUUUACAUUAUCAGCUCAGUUGAUAACACCAAAUUAUCUACAUGUAUUAAAACCCCCUAUCAUCACAGCACCACACUGUUUCUUUAGAAACUUACCUCCUUGAUGUUUGAUUGAUAACCUGGCUUGUGUUAACAAUUAGUAGUAUUCUUUUUUUUCACUGUCAGCUACAUGUAUGAAGAUCCUUUUGACCCAUGAAUAAAGUUUCUACUAUAUUCCAGUUUCUAUUAUUAUCAGGAAAUCUAUAAUAUACAUACAGCUGUACAACUUUUCCAGAUUUUUGAAGAUGUUUGUUUGUUUUACAUUACAUUUUAAGCGGUCUUUUUUCUCAUAUUUGUAUUUAUUGUAAUUAUGAACAAUUAUCAUUUUGAAUUUGCAGGCUAAAUUCAACACCUUUGUUCUUAACUUACGCAAUGAAUAUUCCAACAAAGUCACCACCUUCCGUCAAGUUAUUACAAUUCACCGUGAGGAUUCAUUUCGUACAAAUACUUACUGGCAAGAAACAGUUAAGGUGAGGUCUUAACUCCACACAUCCAUUCAGGUUAAUCCACCCAAAGUUAAUUAGUAAAGAGUUCAUUUUGAAGGCAGGUUUUUGCUUAUCAAAAUACAGCCACAAAUAGCUCUUCUAUUCAAUAUGCAAGUUAUGGAGGCAAGAGAUGCAGAUCUUGAUUAUGUCUUUAGACUUUGUCACCAUUCUGUGAACAGCUGCACUCACCUUACCAGUCAAGUUAAUUAACAGACCAUGGUGUGGGAAAUGUGGUGGCUAAUUGGUGAAUAUGGUGAUCUGGAUCAAAGGGUUCUGGUUGAAACCAUUUCCAGGUCAUUGUGUUGUGUUCAUGACCAAGUAACUUUACUCCCACACUGUCCCCCUCCCUCCCUACUCAGGGUCCAAUUGUGUGAACUCAGGAGUGUAGAUGAUAUUUGGAAAACUGUCUGGAAACCAAAUGAUAUGUUGGGGGUGGGGAGGGGGGUUGACCAGUAAUUUACAAGCAUUCCAUAUAGGGGGUGUACUUAAACUCCUAUUUGCUUUUAUGGUGCAGAAAUUGGGAGCUCCAAGAGAUUAAGACUAAGUGUUUCCUGUCACCAUUUGCAGACUUUACAAAGUUUGUUAAUAUUUACAGAAUUUGGUUCUGUCGUAAUCUUUUUUUCAGAGUCUCCAAGGGAAGAAUCAGGCCCUCUUGAAGGAAAAACGACAAUUGUUAGUUAAAAACAGGGAGGAGUUUAACCGCCUUGAAGAAGAGAAGGUGGGAAAUUAUUUACAGAUAAGAAUUGCAGUAAAAUUUCUUUGCUUCAGUUUUUUACCUUCUGCAUGUCCUCCAGAAAACUUUAGUCGUUUUUGCAUUAUAGACUAAAUGAUAUAGUCAAAAGAUCUCAAAAAGGCCAUCUAUGUCUCAAAAGUGUUUGUGCUUAAGAUCCAUCUUCAUUAUUUUAAUGAGUUUAAAAGUUAUUUUUAAAGUUGUUCAAACAACUUUUCUUCAAAUCUAUCCACAUACAGGCAGAAGCAGUGAAAGACUUGACAAGAAUGCUUGAUGAACGACAUUCUAGAUACACAAUAUGUAAGUAACCAAUUUACAAUUGUACAAAUGUAAACUUGAGUGAAAUGUCUGAUGAUUACUGUAUUAUUGAUCCAAAUUAACCCAAUAUGUUUUCAGUGCUGGCAGAUUUUAAAAGUGAACAAGGAAAAGUGAAAGAGCUGGAAGAGAAGUUAAAAGCUUUAGAGGAACAGGGGCUGAGACAACAAGAGCAGAGUCUAUCCUUGCAUGAAGAAGAAAUCAAAGCACUAAAGGCAAAACAUGAGGAAGAAGUCACUGAGCUGAAACAAAAGCUGGAAGCUGCUGAAAAAGAAAAGCAAGAGAAAGAAGAAGAGCAUCAGAAGUUGUUGAAGGACAAAGAGGAAGAAGAAACAAAGAAAAUAAAUGAGCUGACAGAAAAACACACAAAUGAGGUAGAUACAUUGAAAGCUGAAAUCCAGAAAAUGCAAGAAGAAAUUGAUGCUCUUAAAGCAAGGUAAGGUCUUGGUAUCUUUCACACUAGGGGCUCUGUUAACAAGAUUAAAAAAACUAUAUUUUCUUCUUUGGCAAAAAUUAUUUAGACUCUCAAUUAUUUUUUAAGUUGUCUUUACAGUUAUAUUUUAGAUUUCCCUGAGAAAUUUCUUCAAAUAUUUCUAACAAAAUUUCCAAGACACAAGAAGUUAUGCAAGUAGAUAUUGAUUAGAUACAUUGUGAUGCCAUGGAAAAAGAAUUGAAAUUAAAAUCAACAGCUGCCCCCCACAUGAUACAUGAACAGCAUGAACAGAAAGAAGCCCUUAGCCAAAAUUUCAGUUUUGAAUUUCACAAGCUAUUCAUUCUUGCAGUGAAUGGAGUGAACCAAGGAGUAAUAGUUGCUUGUGUUGUCUGAUUACAUGGAAGAGAGUAGUCCUGAAAAGGACAGGGGUUAGGGACAGUUAUUAAAUAUGUUUCAACAACCUGAUGGUUGAGGAUGUUGAUGAUGUCAGCUCAGAUCAUCAAAAUGUUGGUUGUUAUUUCUUCCAACAGUCCCUCUCAGGGCAACCCUCACUGAUGAUUAGACAGCACUAUCAGCUAUUCAUUACAGGCUAAUCUGUGGUGAUUGUAAUUUUGUUACAGAGGGGCAACAGUCACAACAGGUACUGUAGUAACAACAACUGCAGUGACAUCAGCAUCCACAGAUUCACAACAGACUGAGUUAUCUAAAGAGGAGACCCAAGAGGAGGUAAAAGAACAAGCUGAAGAACAGCCUGUGAGUGUGAUUGCUGCAACUGCAACUACUGUGACAGUCUUAGACAGUGCUGAAAGGGACCAACUUACUCAGGAGAUUACAAAGCUUCAAGAGGAAAUUGAAAAGAAUAAAGCAGAUACAAUCAAGUAUAAAGAGGAACUUGAGAAGGAAAAGGAAAGGAUUUUGGAGCUGGAAGAGGAAAUAAGCAGUCUGGGCAAGGAAAAGACAAGAUUUGAGAAACAGGCAACAGAUAAUAAACAGGUUUGGUGAUUUCAACUGUGCAAACUAGUGUUAAGCUGUCAGAGUAUUACUUUGCUUGACAAGAGCAUGAUUGAAACUUCCUGUUUUUUAAUAUGUAGGAACUUCGCGAAAGCAGACAGCAAUGCACAGCCCUGCGGGAGCAGUUGCAAGGUUUGCUGGCUGCCACAGCGGUUGCAGGACAAGUGGAUGACAAAGAGACAGAAGAGAAGUUGAAAGCUGCUGAAGAAGAAAGACAGGCUUUGGUAGAUGAACAGAAAAGAAUGAGAGAGGAGUUUGAGAAGUGGAAGGAGCAAUAUCAACAGGAACAUGAGGGCAAGGAACCAACUGAAGAUGACAGGUUUGUGACAGAUUUUGGACAGAUUUGGGAAUGGGUGUUUUUCUGGAAUCAUAAACCCUGUAAUUUACUAUUAGUGAGUAACCACACUCUGUGGUCAACUGUCUUGUUUGUUUUUCAGGAGUGAAGAAGUUCAAGCUAUGAUGGAGAAACUGAGGCAGGAGGAAGAAAAGCUUAAGAAAGCAGAAAAUACUGUUGCUGUUAUGACGAUGUUAAAGGAAGGGACGGUUCCUGAAACUGUAGCUACAGGAGGGCUUUCUGAUAGUGGUGGAAAAAUAGAAGAACUUGAAGACAAGAUCAGCCAACUUGAGGCAGCAAGGGAUGAACUGGAAGUGUCUGUGGAGAAACUAACAAAGGAAAAGGAAGCUUUGGAAGAGAAAGUCUCAGAACAUGAGGAAAACAACAAAGAACUUACAGAAAAGAACUCUGAACUGGAGGAGAAAGUAAAAAAUUUGGAGAAGGAAGUGGAAGAUCUAAGGAAUGAACUUGAUGAGAUCGGGGAUGGAGCCCCUGUGGCCACUCCAACUUUAUCAGUGGAAGGACAAGAUGUUGAGGUAUGCAGUUAAAAUAUCAAAAUAGAAAACUUCUUUUACUUAAUACUCUAUUUAAUGUUAGUUCUUGGAAUUUUGCAUUACGUCAGUCAAUGACUUGUAAUUGAUGAUUUUGGUUCUCCUCCUCAACCUUCACUUUUAAUUGUGUGUUUUUCAUCAGAACAAAUUUUAAUUGAAGGGAAGACUUUUUCAUCAGGACAACUUUUUUAGAUGAAAUGACAUGAAGGUGUAAAUCAAAACAACUCGCUUACAACUUUUACAUGGAUGUCCAUAUUGUGCGACAAAUAGUAUGUAAAUCAGUUAAUAGAAGUUAGCGAGAAAUUUGUGGCUCUCCAAAAAGCUUAAUACCAUUAGAUUUAAGAUCAUUAAUAUCUACAAGAAAACAGUUACGUGAUAAGAAAAGUUAAAAUUGUUUAAAACUAAAUAUUGAAAUAAAAAAUAAUGGUUCUGAAUGAAGAAAAUACUGAGAACUCCUAUGGAUGGUUUAUAACUAGUUUUUCCUCAAACAACUCAGUCCUGUUAUUCAUAAUUAUCAUAUUGACACAACUUUACUGCAGGGAAUGUCUGGCAAGAUUUCUGAACUUGAGGAGGAACUGGCAAAAGUAAAUGGGGAAUUGGAGCAAGAAAAAGAAACUUUAUUGGCUCAAACUGAAGAGAUUGAAGCUCUGAAAAAGGUUUGAAUAUUUCGAGUAGCUUCUAAUUAUUAUUUACGCUGUUCAGAUUCCUUAGCCAAGUAGUUGAAAGUUCAGUCAGUAAAGACCCCUAUCUGUCCUUGCAAUUAGUUACCCCCAAGAGUGAAUGGCCUCUAAUUUCUCUGCACAGUAUCACCCUUGAAUCAAAUAUAAUGGGCAUGAGAAUAAAGGAAAUGAUCACCAAUACAAGAAGCUCCUGAUUGUCCAACAUAUUGUUGUUGUUAGUAUCAUAGGAAUUAUAAAGAAUAUGAUAAUUAAGGUUAGGUUGUAAUGCGUUAAACUGGGUUUACUUGCUGCUCUUGCUAUGUUACUCUGCAUCUUAUCUUUCUUGUUGUUUCUUUUCUUGUAGGAACUGGCAGGUUUGAAGGAAGGCUCAUCUGAUGAAGUGGAAGGAUUAAAAGCACAGCUAGCUUCCACUAAGGAGAUGUUAGAGGCUGAAAUCAAACAAAAAGAGGAAGUAUGUUUUUCAUGUGGUAUAAUUCAUUUUCAAUGGUAUCCUUAGGUGUUGUGCACAUAGGUAUGUAUGCUGAUUGUCUUGGCUUAUUCUGUUCAGGCAUUGGCAGCAGCAAAAGCAAGAAUAGAAGAACUUGAGAAGAAGCUUUUGGAAAAUGUUCCCAUUGACACAGCCAAGGAGAUUGGUGCAUAUCAAGCAAAAAUGGUCAGUUAAUAUUGAUUAGAAAUGUUGUUGCUGGUGAUGAUUGUUUGGCUGCAAUGAUAUGGCUGUCUAUAUGGAUUGAUUCAGUUACUGUCUAGUAUAACCUUGAUUUCAAAGGUUGCCAUUGUUUGUACCCUUGCUUAGUUAACCCUUUCUCCCCCUGAGGCAGACAAGCAUCUAAUUUCUCACUAAGGUAUCAGUGCUGAAUCAAACUAUUAGGCUUGUGAGAAUUACGGUAAUGAUCACAAACUUGAAGAGCUCUUGUCUUUUAAGCUAAAUUUUUUUAAAGAGUGCUACAGGAAAUGUAUGGAGAUUAGUAUUUGGAAUAUGCAUGCUGAUGUUAGGGUGUCAAGGGUUAAGUGUUCUUGGGUUAUAUUUUAGUAAUGAGGUUUUAUUAUUGACUGAUCUUUUUGAAGGCUGCCCUUGAGAAGGACAAGGAGAAAUCAGUGAAGGAUUGUGUGCAGCUUAAAGCCUCUGUGACAACCCUGACUGCAAAAGUUGAAACACUGAACAAAAAUAUUGAGCUACAGAAGCAAACAGAAACAGAGUUACAGGUUGGUUAAGCUUCAAAAAAGGACUGCAAUGUUGAUGAAAGAAUGAUUGCUUUAUUGAAUGUUUAUGUCAUGCGCCUGAUGGGGAGACUGUGACGAUGUUUGAUUUUUUUUAACGAUGCAAAUGAAACAAUUAGGUGACCCUUCUAGGGAUCGUCUAACUUGCUGACACCACUUAGUGACUGAUUGAAAAACAGACUAACUGUUUAUAUGGCUGAUUCAUUGAUUGACCUACUACUCUGCAAAAGAUGGAGAGAACUUUCCAGCAUCUGACUACUUACAUACUCACUAACGCAAAGAUCCAGUUUGCCGUUCUGAUGAUGGACCUACCUGUAUAUUUAUGGCUGUUUAAAAAAUUCUGAUCAGAUAAUUAACGGGUGCACUAUAUAGUGUAGCGACUAAUUGUAAUUUCCUGCGUCUGUUUGAACAGGAGGCGAACAAGAAAAUGCGUGCAGAGAGGGUGAAAGAACUGAAGAAUGCUAAGGAGCAGGGUGAUACAAAAUCUAAAAAACAAAUUGAGGAACUGAACAAGAAGAUACAAGCUCUUCAAAAGAGAGUAUGUUCAGAAGUUUGACGUUGGUUCCUGAAUUUGGAGUAAUAAUGAUCUGAUUUUCUUUUUCAUUUUUAUUUUGGGUAGUGUUGUAUCUUCGUGUUUUCAUUUCUGUCACUUUCAUGGAUUUUUUGCAGAUCAAAGAACUUGAAGCUGCUGGAGUGAGACCUCAAGAUUCCAAGACUGAUACAGGGCUUGGUGGAGGCUCAAAGAGAAGAGUAAGGACACCUUCUGUCUCUAGACUUUGCUCGAAAACUAAGCAAACCACAAGGCGGGCUUUCUUACGGAUUCUCAUUUUUGAUUCUGAAAGAGAUAUUUGGUCAGUAAUUAUCGAAUUGACCUUUGAAAUGAUCGGUGAAAUUGAUAAAACAAUCGACAACUAGAAGACUCUGCUUAUGUGGUUGCCACUUUUUUGCCAGUUCCUUUUUUUAGUUACUUUUUUGUUAGAGAACUUUGCGAAGUCCUUUAAUUUAUUUUUAUAUUGUUACAAAGUACAUUUUCUGUCCACUAAUGUUCCAAUUCCCCUAGACCUCCCUCCCCAAGGGUCCCUUUGGUUCCUCCCCCCCCUCCCGUUCCAAUUUAACUCGACUGCUUUCUGUUACAGGAUUCAAAAACAGCUGUAGACUCGGAAAAAUUAAACAAAGAAAAAGAAAAGCUUCAAGCACAAGUUGAAGCAUUAAAGAAGGCUGCGCACGAGGAUCAUAAUAGAAUAAAACAACUUGAAAAGGAUCUUAAAGAGGCUCAGACGAAAUCCAAGCCAGCCGGACCUUCAGCUGAAGAUGUAUGUGACACUAAGACUGCUGCUUAAGUUGUACGAGUUUACUUGUUCCAUCUCCUGUAGAGUAACCUGUAUUUUUUCUUUUUUCCUCCUCUUGUGUCCAAUAGAGAGCGGCAGCUAAAAAGGCGGAAAAGCAACUUAAAGGUACGUUCACUAGUAGCGUCUAGCGUCUAUUUGUUUUUAUGCGAACGGUGGCAUCCGCGCGAGGAGUGCGUGAAGGAUAAGUCACACGGCCACUUUUCGCGUGUCUUUUGGCGCGUCAUUCGCGCGUCAUUCGCGCCUCGAGUUCACUCUCUCACCAACUUUUACCACCUUUCUUGAUAGCAGCUUUCUCUUUGUGACAUUUUGUAAAAUGAUAAUGGUUUGACAUCGCAAUAUUUCUUCGACAGACUUGCAAAAGAACCUGGAAACGGAGAAGAAAAAGUUUGAGAAAGUUAAAGAAACCUUAGCUAAAACCGAAGAAGAAUUCAAAGUUCUCAAAAAGGUUUGGUCGUUUUUUUGCUAAAUAAAUGAGUUUUUUUUUUUUUGCUAAGUACUUCCCAGUUCAGUUUGGACUCUGGCUCGUGUGAUCUGGUUCUUGGGAUGACGUUUGAAACGCCAGCUUUGUUAAAUUCGCUCCGGUUGGAGAAAUUUUCAAUUUAGCGUCGAGAGUAAUUCAGGAUUGCUUGGUUUUGCUUCACUCCGCUCUGUGAUUGGCCCAGAAAACUCGCGCCACUCUCUUAACCAAUCACAUGCAAAAAUUAAAGCCUCGCGUGUCUCGUUCACUCUCGUUUCCUCGCGCUCAGUUUGCAUGUUUUUUCUUUGCAUUCUCAUUGGCUCCUUGUCCUUGUCAAGAGGUUUUACCACACUCAAUCGACAAUCACUCUGUUACAUCAAUCCUAACUUAAAUUCUUGCUAAAAAUGUUAGGAACAUGAUGCACUGCUAGCGGACAGUAAGAAAGACAAGGACACUCUUUCUAAACUGGAAGUUGCAGCACAGGUACGUUUCACAUUUGCCAUUCAUUUGAGUUCACAAACGAAAAAAAAUUUAAUUUGAAAACGCGAACGGUAUAUUUACUUAUCUCCAAUUUGAUCAUUUGAUAUUAUUGUCAAUAACAGGAAGGUCUUGCCGCCCAAGAGAAGGUAGAUGACUUAACAAAGGAAGUGAAAGCUCUCAGGGAAGAGAAUAAAGCCUUAUCAGAUAACUACAACAGUGAGAGAGUAAGUCAAUAACAGUUGUUCCUUCGAAAUUUACGUGUGACUUUUCAGUUACAUUUUAACUUUCAUUCCUCCUUGCAAGUAUAAGUUGUUGCAUUUAGUAGUUAUUUUUGUGAAAAGUAAUGUAACAGGUUUUCGGAGUGUUCCAAAAAGAGAAGAGAGAGGGCUGAUAUAUUCAAACUCGGCAAAUCUCCAUUGCUUUAGUUUCACUUUCAACCUGUAUUUUGAUAAGGUUUCUCGACUCUCUUGGUGUUUCAGCCACUUCUUUCGUGCUUUCAACAAAACAAAGCGCGGAAGAGGAUUCUUUAUUUUACUUUUUUUCCAAUUUGGAGAGUUUUGAUAAGCGUGUUUAUAAUCUGUUUUCUGCGGCAGAUUUUACGUAAGAAAUAUUACAACAUGAUAGAAGACAUGAAAGGAAAAAUCCGCGUGUACUGCAGAGCAAGGCCGCUCAGUAGAUCUGAACUGGAAAGGGUGAGAUUGAAAGUUUUUAGUUUAUUAGCAUUACGUUGCUAUCCUAUUUGCAGAGGUACGAGCUGUUCACAACUUAAGGCUGUUUAUUAGAGAUUGGGGUAUUCUCUGGCUGCUACGAGCUAUGUUUUAUUCAGACUUGGAGAGAGCAUUCCUGUUACCUUACACAUUUCUGAGGCGGCUGUAUUUAUUCUCCCUAUCGUUACCUCGGGUAAUGUAUAGAGGACAGUAUAGAGAAUAUGCACACUGAUGUCAGGAUGUAAAUGGGUUCACUGACAGAUGUUUUGUAACAAUUUAGGGUAACCAUUCAGUGAUCAAGUCACCUGAUGAGUACACUCUUAUCGUGGAAACCAACCGUGGUCCAAAAGAUUUCCAGUAUGACGCAGUAUUUACACCUGAACACGGCCAGGAGAAAGUGUUUGAGGAUACAAAUGUAAGUUCUUGGAGUGCUGCUUGAUUGAAUUACGCAAUACCAAAACCAAAGUAGCCUCAGUGACCAAUCAAAGGAAAAGAAAAAUAUCACGUGACAAAAAGAACAAAAAGUAAAAACGAGCAAACUUCUUGAAGCGCAGGGACUGAACGCGAGCUCCCCAAGGCGCCAGUUUAAAAAACAUAUACACUGUAUUUGUAGCGCUGUAUUGUAUACCUAUUUGUGAAGUCAGACUAGUAGUUGUUUUUAUUAUUGAUCCAACCGGUCUGAUCUCCUUGACACGUGCAUAAUUAUCCCUAUUACUCAUUACCACGCAUGCUCUUGUGGCCGUUCAUGUAAGCGGUCAGCUAAAAUUACUGAUGCGUUUUUUCUGCUAACCAGGGUAUUUGUCUUACGAGUGCUUCAGCACUUGUAUUUUAACAGUGAUUCUUUCCUUUUUCAUGUCAGAAUCUUAUCCAGUCAGCUGUGGAUGGUUACAAUGUGUGCAUCUUUGCUUACGGACAAACAGGCUCUGGCAAAACAUAUCCUUUACUCCAAGAAAUGAAACUUUUGUACCUAAAACUGAGUAAAGAACGCCAAGCGUAGACGACCCGGUGUGUAUAAUUUACCCUGGGAUAUCUAUAGGAAUAAAUCUGUGGGGAAUUUCUUCAACUGUUCAUUACUUGAAGGUAUUCAAUGUUGCCGUGGGAUAUAUCCAUGGGGGGAAUAAAUGAAGGAAUUUUCCUUUGGAUUUCUAUAGGAAUACAUCCUUAGGGUAUAUCGUCAUUUGUUCAUUAUUUGAAGGUAAAGAGUUUGUGCCCAGGGAAAGAAAACCUGUGUACUGAAAUAAUUUUUGUUCCAAAUAUAAGGGUAAGAUCGUUGUCUUGUAAUCCAUUAUUUGAAGGUAAAUAGUUUGUGCCCAGUCAAAGCAAACCUCUGUACUAAAAUCAUCGUUGUUCCAAAUAUAAGGAUAAAAUCGUUGUAUUCCUUAACGCUUCUCACUUAUACUAUGAUCGGUGAUAAGGAGCUCAAAUCACCUGGCAUCGCCCCACGUGCAAUGGACGCCAUCUACAAGUUGAUGGAUGAACAAAAGUGAGUAAGAUCUGUUUAUUGGGCGAAUUUCGAUGGAAUGUCCUGAAAAAAAAAAAAAAGAAGAUAAAAAUAACAAAAAGAAAGGCAAGGGUUGUGGUCUGGCCUUGCUUACAAAAGUUCUCAAAUUAAGGGUACUCGAAAAAUUCCCUUUCAAAAAUUAUAAAUUGCCCAAUUCACCCUAGCCAAAGUCCCCCGCAAAGUGUUUUAAGGCUCUUUUGAGCAUAUUCAUAUAGGGAAUGCACGAGAUAAAUCACUAUCAUUACUAUUAUCGUUUAGUUCGUUUAACGCGGCUCGCGAAUGUACAGCGUCAUCGCAUAAUACGAAAUAAUGAUCGUAAAUAUACUUACUUAUACCUGGUACAUUAAGAAGCUUAACUAUUGCACUUUUUUUUCUUCAGAUCCAAAUUUUCUUUCAAGGUUACAUGUUACAUGCUGGAGUUAUAUAAUGACAAACUGAUUGAUUUACUUGCACCUCAUGGCAAAGAAGUAUCCUUUGAAUUGUUAUGUUUGUGUUGCUGUUGGUUACCUUCAACACGUCGGUUUAUUGUUAUGAUUUUGUUUGCUACCCUCAAUUUCUUCCGCCUAUAACUCUUCGAGAAGUAACAGCUGGACGUAAGAGCGGGACACUCAUGUCCUUGCUAACUUCAACAUUUACCUUAUACUCGCAACCGUGUCUUCGGUAGUGUACAAGCAGUCCAUCCUUUUCGAGUGCAUCGCGCGUGUCCAAAAAAAGCAAAUUGUGACUUGCUGGGAGUGAGGCGACUCUCUCCCAGAGGGAAAGGGGAGCGCAUUACUCAGAUAGGGGUUGGUUAUCGAAUCUAACUUUGUUUUCCUCGAUAGUCACGUAUGUGAUUCCUAAAUAUCACUUAAUGCAAACAUAGUUUAAGUGUUGUUUUACCCUUAACACUUUGAAUAGCCCGCAAAACUCGACAUAAAGAAAGAUAAGAAGGUAAAGAAUAAAUAAAUGAAUUAGGAUUGAAUUAAAUCGUAAGCUUUCCUUCCACACAAUAACUGAUAUUUGACGAUCCUGACGUCUUUGGUUUCCUAGGGUCUUGUGUUUGUACAGGGAUCUAUGAUGCUGGAAGCAGCUACUAAGGAUGAGCUUUGGACCAUAUUUGAGAAGGGCUCUGAAAACAGACACGUCUCUUCCACAAGUGAGAAAAAAAUUUUAAUUUUCCUUUGUUAGAUUAACCCACCGAUUCAAACGAAAACAGCCCUUUGACCACUGAGAGUGACUAACUUCUAAUUUCUUUGUAUAAUACCACCCCUGAAUCAAACAUUAAGGUUACGAGAAUCUUCUUCGUGCACCUUAUCAUCAACUAUGUUCACCACACAACUGAUGUUUCUUUUUUUUCUUUUUUUUUUAAGAAAUGAAUGCGGAGAGUUCUCGGUCUCACCUUAUCCUCGGAAUCAUUAUCGAGAGUACAAACUUAACUUCUGGUGCUGUGCUCAAAGGAAAAGUGAGUCUUCCUUAAGUCCCUCUGCAUGUGUAAUUUUUUUUCCCAAUACGCUUGCCAAUUUUUUCUGUGAAAAAGAAAGAGUCAUAUUUUUGUAUCCUUGUUACCCGAAUUUCCCGUGCGUGACAGAGGGUUAAUUAUGUGUCUUUAUUUUUUAGAUAAGCUUGGUUGAUUUGGCCGGAUCUGAACGUGCCGCAAAGACUGGUGCAAGCGCCGAGCAACUCAAGGUAGUUUUAUAGAGAACCAGCAAAAAUGUUCUACGAUUGUUUUAAGCAUUUAAUCUCUUAACGCAUACGCUCCUUUACAACAAGAUCUCUUUUCUUCUUUCUUUUUACCUUCCACUUGCUUAAUCAAGUUUGAUAUGUAUCCCACAGGAAGCCCAAUCGAUUAACAAGAGUUUAAGUGCCUUGGGAGACGUAAUCUCGGCUUUAUCCAGCGAGCAGCAGUUUAUUCCGUACAGAAACAACAAGCUUACCUUACUCAUGCAGGAUUCACUCGGUAAGAGGGCGAAAAAGAUGCGAAUUAAUUUUGCCUUAGAAAGGGUAAGAACUGCGGGGUUCAGUUGUGAAACAGUCUCAUUUUUGAACCAAAACGGAUCGACUUAUUGUCGUAAUGUUCGAUUUAGUGGCAUUAAGCCAAAACUGAUGUAAACACAACGGCCAAUCAGAGCCAAGGAAUUAUCACAAGGAGCCAAUAAGAGUUCAGAGUAAAAACAAGCAACUUGCUUGAAGGGCGGGAAAACGCUUUGGUCAUCUGAUUGGUUGAGAUAAAAGCCCCACUUUUCUUAAUCACACAGCGAAGUAGAGCAAAACCAAUCAUGCCCCACUCUCCAUACCCAAAUGAAAAUUGCGCUUCAUCGUUUUCCUUGUUAUUUUUUUCCCAGGUGGUAACGCAAAAACUCUUAUGUUUGUAAACAUAUCCCCAGCUGAUUACAACACGGAUGAAACUAUCACAUCUCUGACGUGAGCAUAUUAACUUAACCUUACAUUGACAACUUGAAAUUGCAACAUUUCUAAAGUAUUUAUCGUUUGUCUUACCAAGUAUUCACCUCCAAUGUAUAUGGGCACGUUGUUAUUUCAUAUUGUUAGUCUUUCUGGGCGAUAAGGUCAACUUCCUACUCCUCGCGUUAUUAAACGACAUGUCUUUGACAACGUUGGUAACUUGGUUUUUCCCUUCUAAAUUGUUUUUAAACUUUUAUUUUUCCUUCAUUAUUUACAGGUAUGCCUCUCGCGUUAAACUUAUUACAAACGAUGCUCAGAAAAACGCCGACAACAAAGAGAUCAACAGAUUGAAGGGGGUAAGUUUAGACUGA